AUGUCACGACUAGAGGAAGCUGCAUUUUCAAGAAAGAUAUCUUCCGCAAAUGGAGAGCUGAUAAGACCAUUGCAACCAGAACACCCUUCUUUAUGCGAUCCCUUUCUACGACCACCUUUGUGUGGGCUCAUAUUGACAAUGAUUUUGAUUUCAUGUACGAUUGCAGCGAUGUACCUUCGUUUUGGAAGUGUAAUAUUGCUAGAAGAAACAUGGUUGAUUGCUAUUUUGUGGAUAAUUGCUGCAUUCGGCUUGCUCUUGUCCUUUUAUGGCCUGAGAAAAGGAUGCAGGGACCGGAUGGAAAUUGAACAGCAGAAACUCGUCUACAACAUGCGUCUCUUUGGAAAUCAACCUGUCAAGAAGCGCCUGCGAGAAAUGAGCCAAGAGGAAAGAAAUAGAAACUCUUCCCGUGAUUCUGAAUGUUCUGUCUUUCUCGAGUGCGAAAUGCACUACUAG